AGGUUGAAACGAUCGGUGAUGCGUACAUGGUUGUAAGUGGAAUACCAGUAAGAAAUGGUGACCGCCACAUUGUUGAAAUUGCCAAUAUGUCUCUACAUAUCUUAAGCGCCAUCCUAAAGUUCAGGAUUGCCCAUUUCCCCGACAAGAAACUCCAAGCAAGGAUAGGCAUCAACUCCGGACCUUGUGCAGCAGGUGUGGUUGGUCUAACAAUGCCGAGAUAUUGUUUAUUUGGAGACACAGUGAACAUGGCAUCCAGGAUGGAAUCAACCGGCUUACCUUGCAAAAUUCAACUGAGCCCAAAUGCCCUCCAGCAGCUUAAGAUGCACAAAGGAUUUUUCACAGCUGAGAGGGGACCAACCGAGGUUAAGGGUAAAGGCAAAGUUAUAACGCAUUGGUUGACUGGUCACAGUGAAUUCCACAGACCUCUACCAGCAGCUACAAAGGGAGAGUUGGAAGAGUAAUACCAUUGUUUGGCAGACCUGUAUCGAUCAGAGACUUGGGGCUAACUGCAUGGCGUGUAGCCUUGAAUAUGUGACACGUGUUUCGAAAUUAUAUUUACAUUAGAAUUUAGAGUGUAAAUGUGUAUUCAGACAUUAUGAAUUAUAUAUUUGUCAUGAUGAACUUUAAACAAAGUCAAUAUUUCAACCGGUAUUUAUUCGUCGAUAUGAUACCUGGUCUGUAAGCUUACCUAGGUUUUCGUGAAGAGCUAAACACUAAACUGGAG